AUGAGCUCCUCUGAUGCGUCCUCGCGGCCAGUCUUGUCGCCCCAUCCUUACCCGGCCGAUCCGAGCUCUUCACUGAGCCCACCCUCCGACUUUGAUUGGCUCGCAGAAAAGGCUGAGACGGACAAGCUGACUGACUUGCAGCUAGCUCACAUCGGGAGCGAGAUCGAGUCGUCGAGGGCUGCGAUGUUCGGCCCAUCGAGGCCAGACAUGAACACCUCCUUGCCAGCUGAGCAGCCAGCUUUGAGAAAACCUUCCAUGUCUUCACUUUCCAGCGCUCCUCUCAAUCAGUUCGCGAGUGCUGAGCUCGGACAUGUUCCCCAAUUUCCCGCUGCCCGCCUCCCCUCGAAUCCUUCCUACGGAUCUAUGCCUACGGCUACUGCUCCAUCCAAUUACCCAACCUUACCGACCUUCCAUUCCGGCUAUGCACACCUUCAGCAACCCCCGACUGACUGCCAAACGCGAGUUUCCAAACCGCUUGCGCCACCCGAGCUUUCGGCCGUCUCGCACUACUCCGCGUCUAUGGGUAUUCACAAAUCACCGGGCCCGAAGCCGGCAGAUCAGACUGAGUUCCCGAGCGACAAUGUGGAUCCAAGUUCUGGCCGCCUGAGCCUCGACAAGAGUCUCGAGUUGGCCCCGAUGGGCGCCAGUUCGUCGCCGGUCGGCGCGGUUUCGCCCCCAGGCUCGCCAGCACAGUUCGGUAGCUUCGGACAGGCCGGGCACAGCACGGCGGGCGCGGGCGGACCAAAAUCCAUUUAUCCCUCGUUGAUGAAUCUGACGGCGAGUUUCGGCCGGUCCGGGCAGGAGAAGACUGCAGGCGAUAGCACAGAGACAGCGGACUCGCUGGUGCCCAGCGUGCAUGGAAUGAACCUCGUGUCUCGCAGGGCAAGUGUGGCUUCACUGAGGUCGGCCUCAUCCCCGUCGGUGCCGGAGGAAUGGGUGAACGAAAUUGAGGAGACCGGUACGACCCGAGAGGAAGGAGACUCAGACUCGGAGGGCGGCAAUGAAGGGGGCGAAAGUCUGCCGCACCACAAGCGAUUCCGACUGUCGCCCGGCUUGACGCGCCGCUCCACGCCCUCCCUGGCCGCAUCGUCUAUCCAGAGCUUCGCCCACAACCUGGCAACGACAAGGACAAGCUGGAUCAGACCAGCAACCAGCUCAGCCUCAUUCACUCCCUUAUCAUCCGCAUCAACGAGGCCCACCGUCAGACUAUCCUCGCCCGAUCCACCGCCCGGCUCGCGCCCUCCUAUCCCUUCUACCCCUCGCCUACCCAGCUCGUCGCCCGAAAAGAGAGCUCUAUGUCUCUCGUGGGCAAUGACGACGACGACGAUAUAUAUAACAGGUCCGACUGCUCUGAAGUCAGCCACGUCGUUUCACUUCCCUCUUCUGUCCACCCUCCUCUUCUCAACCACUCUUGAAAGCUUCUACCUAUGUUUCCUAUCUCAAUUGUUGUUGUUCGAUUCAUUUAAUCAUUUUAUGGCUGCGCUACCAGUUGUUCGAUUCAUUUAA